AUGAAAGGCGGCGUCGUCCGCAGCCAGACACACGGCGCCAUUGACGACGAACCUGCCACACUGCACCGCCUGCAUAGAGAGAGGGAGAGGGCACAAACCAGAGCUAUCAGGGAGCUCAGCGACGCAACUGGCCGCAAGAUAACAACUAAAUGGGACAUGAUGCGUCACUUAGAAGAGCAUUUCUCCGACCUCUUCAAGGGCGAUGUACCAGACGACGCAGAAACAGCCAAAAUAUUAGAGGAAACGCGCAGACAGCUGAACAGCACCGACCGUGCUUUGUUGACAGAGGCCGUGACAGGACGAAGUCAGAGGUGUCCUCAAAACCUGCGCCAGCGAAAUACCACCCCCGUUCCUGGAAGGGACCCUGACGCCGAAGACAGCAGCGCCGAAGACAGCAGCGCCGAAGACAGCAGCGCCGAAGACAGCAGCGCCGAAGACAGCAGCGCCGAAGACAGCAGCGCCGAAGACAGCAGCGCCGAAGACAGCAGCGCCGAAGACAGCAGCGCCGAAGACAGCAGCGCCGAAGACAGCAGCGCCGAAGACAGCAGCGCCGAAGACAGCAGCGCCGAAGACAGCAGCGAUGAAGACAGCAGCGAUGAAGACAGCAGCGAUGAAGACAGCAGCGAUGAAGACAGCAGCGAUGAAGACAGCAGCGAUGAAGACAGCAGCGAUGAAAACAGCAGCAGACUACCGCCCGAUCACUCUUUUAAACACGGACUACAAGCUAACAGUAAAACGCGCCGCUGA